GUAGAGUUUAUUUCUCGCAAUUGUGACUUUAUAUCUCAUUGACCAAACUAAACAAAAGCGGCGUAAUUGACGGCGUUUAGGACUGCAUUAAACGACGCAAAUGACUAGGUUUAGGAUUGCAUUAAAUGCCGCAAAUGACGGCGUUUAGAACUGCAUUAAACAACGCAAAUGACAGCGUUUAGGAUUGCAUUAAAUGCCGCAAAUGACGGCGUUUAGGACUGCGUUAAAUGCCGCAGAUGACAGCGUUUAGGACUGCAUUAAACGCCUCAAAUGACUAGGUUUAGGAUUGCAUUAAAUGCCGCAAAUGACAGCGUUAAUAAAUAAAUGUAUAUAAAGAGCUGCAUUCUUUGCAGGCAAGACAACAAGUAAGACACGCAUCCAAAUGGAAAAUACUUUUUUAAUAACCUUAAACCCAAAAGAAACACUUUGUAAAAGCAUAACAUAUUUGUGAAAUUCAGUAGUAUAUACAAAAUUGACUCCACAGUCACACUUUAAAGUAAAUGUUCACUUUCAAACAUUUUUGCCAAGUAUAUUUUUUUACCCUCACAAAUAUCCGCAUCUGAUGUUUCGGAUAUGAGAAACUCAUGCAGAGAACUGAUGGCUAUGGUGGAGAGAAUUAAUCCUUACUUGGAGCGGGUCAAGUAGCACCGGUUACAGUGGUGCCGUGACCCAGAUGGGAGUGAGGUUUAGGGGGUGAGUGUAAUGGUGUCCAGCUGGUACGUGCUGUGCAGUGUGUGUAAAAUUCUCUCGCCUUGCCUCAAGAGGCGCACUAGCGACUGAUGCUAGAGGCUGUAGCCUUUAGCCUCCUCGUUAGUGGAGUUACGCCUUACACUGGUUCUCUUUCUAAUAAAUAAAGCAAUAUUUUGAAGUCAACAUAUUUACAAGAAUAAUAAAAACAAACAACUGAACACAAUUAAAUCGUGGUCAGGCAUUGUUCAUUGUCUCUGCGUCUUUCAAAAUCCUUUACUUAACGGUCAAAACAUCGGGGGGGGGCAGAAGCAGUCUUUUCUGAAUGACUGCGCCUUGCUUUUUAUGGACUUGACAAACAGCCAGGUAAAUAUAUUGUUUAAAAUAUAAUAAUGGAUGAAAAGGCCACAAAACUGCAUAAUAUGCCCAAAGAUGAACUCAUGUUAAAGUCCAAACAUUAGUGGCAGCAGCGUUAAGAGACAAAGCCCUUGAGGCUUUAACAGAUCAACUCCUGAUAAUCGACUAUUAGGGUCUUACCGCCUUCGUCAUUGAUGGUGUUUGGCUGUUUAGGAAAAAGGCAGGGAUAAUUUAAAUAUUAUAGAAAACGCCGCUUUUUAUGCCGUCUUUGUCAGUCUACAAUGCCUUAAAUAAUGGUGUCUUAUGGAAGGUCAAACAGCUCAAAAAUCCACAUUUUACAUUCAGAUAUUUACGGUGUUUUUGUGUUGAAAGCGGCGUAAUUUACGUAUUUUGUGGCAUAUUUUCGUCAAGAACGCUGAAAAAAGCUGCGUUUUUUGGAUGAAAUGCAUUUGGUAAAUGACGAAUUGUGAACCCUUUGGCUUUCCAUAUGCAUGCAAUACAAGCUCUGGCACACAAGCAAAAUUAGGCUCGUUUUAUAUGCCAAAUGCCUCGCCUUGGUAGUAGACGAGAGUAAAUGGCUGCAGUCAGGGGAGGAGUGAAAUAAGUGCUGAAGGGGUGGAUUUUACCUUACCUUUUAUCAUCCUCAUUUAUUGUUAUUAUAUUAAUCAAUUUUCUAUUUUUCUUUUACUAUAAGGUGCAAGUAACAUGUAUGUAAUCUGAGGGGUGACUGAGGGUCUGGCGUCCUGGUUACUUUCAUAACCUCCGUUCCCUGAUGGAGGGAACAAGAUGAUGUGUCGAUGUAGUGACACUAGGGGUCACUCUUGGGAGCCCCAAACACCUCUGCUUUUUGAAAAAAGGCCAAUGGGAAUUGGCGAGUGGAAUUUGUAUGCCACUCCCCGGACAUACGGGUAUAAAAGAAACUGGUAUGCAACCACUCAUUCAGGUUUUGUGCUGAGGAGCCGAGACAAGGUCCCAAGUUUCAAGAUCUCGUUCAUCAGGGAACGGAGGUUACGAAAGUAACCAGGACGUUCCCUAUCGGUCACUCACUCGACGUUGUGUCAAUGUAGUGACACUAGGGGUCCCUAUACAAAAUGCCACAACUAGCUGAACUGUGUUACAUGGACUGGCGGUGCGAGAUGGGCAGACCGCUGUGUGCCUCGUAGCCAGCGCACCAGGCCUUCACAUAACCUCCCCCAAUGCUCUUAUGAGCGUCGAGACUUUUUUGGCAUACGUCACCAUGACAUCACAGCAAGUCAGACAGAUUUCUAACCGGCAUGCACCUGCUGCUGAUCACCAGUGAUCGGUUCUGCGCAGAACUUGCUCUCAAACGAGCCUAUUCUUCAAACUUUGCUCGUGCGAAAACCUUUUAAUUUUGUCAGUCGUGGGACAGGCUCUUGCUGUUUUGUCUGUAACCUCAAAUUCAUUGGUUAUUCCCUUUUCCCGGAAAUCAGUUGUGAUUGGCUGCAUUUUAUUAUGAAGAACCACAGCAAACUCACCUGUUCUUCGUGAGACAUGACUUCAUCAAGGGACCCUCUACAUGCGAGUCAUUGUUACUUAUAUUUGUUGCUAUUUUAUUUUUUUCAUUUAACAGGGCUCAUUUCAUGAAUGAAUGAAUGUUGCAUUUAUAUAGUGCUUUUCUGACACUACACUCAAAGCGCUUUACACAGUGAACAGGGGACUCUCCUGGACAACCACCAGUGUGCAGCAUCCACAUGGAUGAUGCGACGGCAGCCAUAGUGCGCCAGUACACUCCCCACACACCAGCUAUUGGUGGUGAGGAGAGUGUAGAGUUAUAGAGCCAAUUAAUGGAUGGGGAUUAUUAGGAGGCCAUGAUUGAGAAGGGCCAAUGGGGGGAAUUUGGCCAGGACCACACUCCUACACUUUUCGAGAAGUGUCCUGGUAUUUUUAAUGACCACAGAGAGUCAGGACCUCGGUUUAACGUCUCAUCUGAAGGACGGAUAGACUCCAGUAAUAAGUGGCAAAUCGAGACAAUCGAUUCAGCAAGAUGGCUCAUCAACAGGGGAGAGGCACACUGGUCAUGGCAAUAAGAAGUGUGAGUCGUCUGCUUGUAAACAGUCAGAGAUGUUUCCUCUUCAAAGCAUCAAGAGCGCAAGGAACUGCAGCCGCUGCUUUACAGGAAAAGGCCGGUGAAAAGAAGCAAGUGAAAACACAUCCUGAGGGUCUCCUGACGGAGGAGGAGAUCAUGAUCAGAGACUCUUUUCGCACCUACCGUCAGGAGAAACUCACGUCAUGCAUCAUAAUGGCCAACAGAAAUGAAGUGUUUCAUCGGGAGAUUGUGUCUGAGAUGGGGGAACUUGGGGUUUUAGGCCCAACCAUUAAAGGUACCCAUGAUAUCCACACUCUUAUCCUGGGCCGAGCCAUCACUGGACUGCAGUCCUUCAUGGUGGAAAAAUUAGACAGUCUCUUCAGUCCCCUGCGGGACAGAUCACGUACACUGAAUGCAGCUGCUUUUUACCAAUAGGCCAUAUAGUUCCUGGAAGCUAUUUAGGGGUUGCAUCAUUUACCACUACAACUUCUUUGAAGUCUUUAAUAAUGAAAAUAUCUAAAUCUGGUGUUCAUAGGUGGAAAAACCUAAAAGUAUUUUAUUUAAGUUCUUUGUCAUUUUUUAAUGUUAUUAUAUAGUCCCUGUCAAAGAGCUAUUUUUCUCUGUUGUAACUAGAUCGCAAGGUUUUUUUUAUAAGUAGGUUUGUAAAGAAAAGUGCAGAACAAGUUAAAAAAGUGCAUGUUUGUUUGUUUUUGCAUUACUGUGUAUAGAAAAAUAUUAAAACUAUUCACUCAGGUAUUGUCACACCCAAGAAAAAUAAUUUUAAGGUUUACGCAUUUCAGUUUCAUAACAAAAUUCCAUCAAAUUGAACCGAGUAAUCUUUAACUCUUUAGAGACCCGGGACCUCAUUCCACCCCCUGUACCUCAUCCAUUUUUUGGAGUUGUGCCCACACCUCUUUAGUAUUCCUCAAUCUAUGUCUUAUAAGUAGAGUAACAUAAAAUAAAAAAUAAAAAUGGCAAAGAAAAAUACAUUUAUAAUUAAGUACCAAAAGUAUGUAGGGUCUCUAGAGACCCACGGUAUGCAAGAGUGUCGGUUUUGUGUUUUGCACUUCCAUAAAUUAUAUUUUUUAUAAUUAUUUCAUACCUAUUUAAGUUUACUAUCACAGGAUAUCUAUUUCUUUGUGUAUUACAAGAUAAAUGAGUACUAUAUUCAUACAAAUAAAUACUAUAUCACGUUGACUUUCUGUGCAACACUGAACUAUCAAAAAUGGUGAAUUAUCAGUAUUUUAUAUGCGUAUACACAUACAUGUUAUUUAUUACUCAAGGUGGCACUGAUGUGUCAGUAAUUUACUUGAUUUACAUUGGACAUUUCUAUCUGAUGAAGAAUCAACAUGGAAGUAAACUAUAGCAAGUACAACACAUGAAAAGUAUAUGACAAUUGUCAUUUGGGAGUACUGUUGAAAUUAUAUAAGUUGUGCAUCUAUUUAAACUGAACAAGUACAUGAGAAAAUACACAUGAGCUACACAUACAUUACACAUGUGUAGAUUAUGUGUUAUGUGUAGCUCAAUAUGUGUUUGACAGCCAGUUGCAUCUCAUGAAAUUUCAGUGUGAAAAGGAAUCCUGUUUUUGAUUUGUUUCAUUAUCUCUUUAAUUUAUGAAAAAUAAAACAUCAAAAUAUAUUUUAUUUUAUUGUUUUCUAAUUGCCUUGAAAAUAUUUUAAAAGUUUUAAGCUAUCUGGGUAUUUUGU